UCUCUUAACUGUUAUGAUGAUCAUUUUUUUCAAAAAAACUCAACCUUCUAUCUUUUUUCCCUCACUCAGGUCACGCACUACCACGCUCAUCUUCGCCUUCUUCUUCAUGCUCCUAGAUCUAGAAUAACGGUUGAGCUUUUCCUUUCACUCUCACCAAAGCAACCUAACCCACCCUCCAAAAACUCUGAGACUCCAUUCACCAACAUUGCAUUUGAAACUACACACAAAAACAAUGAGUUCCCAGACUCAUACUCGAACCUCUAAACCCACAACAAAACCCUCUCAACAACAACACUCUGCAUCAAAAACACCACACUCACACUCUUCUUCUUCAACGCCUUCAACAACAACAACAAAUGCUUCCUCUCUAUCUACCCACCUUGCUAUGGUGGAACUCAAACAGAGGAUCCUAACUUCCAUUUCCAAGCUCUCGGACCGAGACACACACCAGAUCGCAAUUGAAGACCUCGAAAAGACCAUUUUGACCCUCUCCCCUGAAUCAAUUCCAAUGAUACUCAACUCCCUAUACGACGCCGCAUCAGCUGCCCUUACGAAGAUCCUCGCUGCCGUCGUUCGCCGCCUCAAGGAUGCUGAUUCCGGCAUCCGUGAGGCGUGCCGUGAGGCAGUUGGAGCACUUGCCGCUCAGUAUUUGAGAGGAGGAAGCAAUGGCAAUGGUAAUGGUGGUGGUGAUAAUGGUGCUGGAGUUGGUUCGGUUGUGGCGUUGUUUGUGAGGCCGUUGUUUGAGGCGAUGGGAGAGCAGAACAAGGGAGUUCAGGCUGGUGCCGCGGCUUGUUUGGCGAAGAUGGUGGAAUCUGCCGCCGGCGGUGGUGGUGGUGGUGGGGUGCUGGUGCCGGCGUUCCAGAAGAUUUGUCCGAGGAUCUGUAAGCUGCUUGGAAGCCCUAAUUUCUUGGCGAAGGCUGCAAUCUUGCCUGUUGUUUCCAGCUUGUCGCAGGUUGGAGCAAUUACACCACAAAGCUUGGAACACUUGCUUCCUAGCAUUCAUGACUGCCUUACCAGUACUGAUUGGGCAACACGUAAAGCAGCGGCUGACGCGUUAAGUUCCUUGGCUCUGCACUCUAGGGGUUUGGUUGCCGAUGGAGCAGCAUCGACAGUAGCAGUACUGGAGGAUUGCCGGUUUGACAAGAUAAAACCUGUGAGAGACAGCAUGACGGAGGCAUUGCAAUUGUGGAAAAAUAUUGCAGGGAAAGGAGAUGGACCCCCUGAUGAUUCAAAGCCUGUAUCUGGUGAUGGUGACAAAUCUAGUGCAUCUCCUUUACCAGAAACAAGUGCAAAAUUAAAUCUUGGGGACAGGAAGAUUGAUCCUUCAGCAAAGGAGUCGCCCGCAGGUACUUCAGAUGUGGAUUCCACUGGCAAAGCAAAAGCAGCUGGCAUCUCAGAGAAAGCAGUUGUAAUAUUAAAAAAGAAAGCACCUGCCUUAAGUGAUAAAGAAUUAAACCCAGAAUUUUUCCAGAAACUUGAAAGAAGGGGUUCGGAUGAUUUGCCAGUGGAAGUAGUUCUUCCUCGGAGAGGUCUCAAUUCUUCAAGCUCAAACAAUGAGGAGGAAUCUGGGGCUAAUGCUAAAGAUUCAAAAGAGAGAAACAUCCCCAAUCACAUGUUAGACAGAGGCAAUGAUAGAAAUUCCAAACAACAUAGUUUUGAUGAUUUUGCACCUGAUAAGAGGAUGAAUGCAAAAGAACUGAGGGCAAAAGCAUUUGAUACUGAUGAUAGAACUGAAAUUGAUCAAAGGGAGGGUUCUUCAAAUCUUGCCGGUCAAUCAGAAGUAUCCUUCUCUAAUAACAGGGGAAACUGGUUGGCCAUCCAGAGGCAGCUACUGCAGCUAGAAAGGCAACAGGUUCAUUUGAUGAACAUGCUGCAGGAUUUCAUGGGUGGAUCUCAUGAUGGCAUGGUGACACUAGAGAACAGAGUUCGAGGUCUAGAAAGAAUUGUUGAAGACAUGUCACGUGAUUUAUCGAUAUCAUCUGGUCGUAGAGGUAGUAACUUCACAGGGUUUGAGGGGUCCAGUAGGCCUUCUAGCAAGUAUAAUGGUUUUAAUGACUAUUCCACUGCUAAAUAUGGAAGAGGUGGUGAUGGACGUACUCCAUUUAGCGAAAGAUUUUCUCAAGCAGAUGGAAAUGCAUUAGGUAUGAGGGGAAGAGGGCCAUCUUGGAGAUCUGACACGUCUGAGGGAUGGGAUUUUCCUGGGUAUGGUGCUUCCAGAAAUGGGCAGAUUUCCACACGGAGGGCUUUUGGUGGUAGUUCUGUUGAUGCGAGAUCACCAAAAUCAGUUCCUGAAGGUGAUCAAGGGGGCAGCAGGAGAGCUUGGGAUAAAGCAGCACUGCCCAUUCGGCUUGGAGAGGGGCCUUCUGCAAGAAGUGUCUGGCAAGCUUCCAAGGAUGAAGCUACCUUGGAAGCGAUUCGGGUUGCUGGGGAGGACAAUGGAACAGCUCGAGCAACAAGAGUUGCAAUCCCCGAAAUGACUGCAGAAGCUAUGGCUGAUGACAAUGUUGGACAAGAUAGGGAUGCCAUCUGGACUUCUUGGAGCAAUGCAAUGCAUGCCCUUCAAGUGGGUGAUAUUGAUUCGGCCUUCGCAGAAGUGUUAUCCACUGCAGAUGAUCUUUUGCUUGUAAAACUUAUGGAUAGAACGGGUCCUGUAAUUGACCAACUUUCAAAUGAGAUUGCCUGUGAGAUUAUGCCUGCCAUCGGACAAUUCUUGCUGGACCAGAACCUGCAUGAUAUCUGCUUCUCUUGGAUUCAACAGUUGUUGGAGAUAGUGUUGGAUAAUGGUCCCGAAACCUUUGGGAUUCCAAUGGAAGUUAAGAAAGAGCUCUUGCUGAAUUUGCAUGAAGCUUCCUCAGCUGACACAGCUGAGGAAUGGGAAGGUAUGCCACCAGAUCAACUUCUCUUGCAGUUGGCCUCGGCCUGGGAAAUCGAUCUGCAGCAGCAUGACAAAUAGAGAGCAUACAAUGUUAUCUGUUAAAUUCUAUCAUAAGUUGACUUUUGAAUUGGAGUGAUUUCCUCGAGUCUCCACCGAAAAAAAAAAAAAAAACCAGCAUUACAAUGGCACCUAUUGAUGCUAUAUUUCUUUGAGUUUAGUUAAUGAGAGAAUUUGUUAAAGUUUUGAAAAAAGUAAGUUUUCAUGGAAGAAAUAAACUUUUUAGGCAUAUGAUAAGCAAUGUUUGGUUAUCGGAUAUAUCAUUACAAAGAGGGUGGUGUUUGGUGGUGAAGAGGUGCCCAACUAGGCUACUUAAAAGCAUUGUAUAAAAUAUAAAUCAAGACAGAUGAACAGAUCUUUUCAUGUAAUUAUUAUUAUUUGUUGUGGAAUUUCUCUUGGACUACAUACACUUA